AGUUCAUCCUGGUUACUGUUGGGGUAGGGUUACGCUUUCCGCGGCUCUGGAAUUCCGGCACGGGGAAUGCGGGAUCUUGCGCCCGGCGUGGGUUCCGAUUUAGGUUCCGAAUGUUCCCCGGUUUCCUUGCCUCUUGUUGAUCCGCCUGCCUUCUGCCUCCGAUUUAGGUCCCUUAUUUACUUCCGCCCAACACGGAGGAAACUUGUUUGCCCGUGAGCCCGACAAAAUUGGUAGUAUCCAAGGUUCUGCCUCUUUCUGCUACCAGAUUCUGCCUCUUUCUGCUGCCUGUUUCUGCUACCAGAUUCUGCCUGUUGACACCCAUCAGCCCUGGCCAACUGGGAUGGACCUGGUGGGAUCGCUGCUGCUCAACAUGGCUCGCUGGGUUGACCCGUCCGGGAUCGAGUUCUUUGGCUGGCUCAUUACCGCCGGCUCCGUCGGCCUCGCCGCGCUCAUCUACGGCCUCCUCAGGCUGCAGAAGGAGGCCUCGCUCUACUGGCUCAAGGCGGCCGCCAGGGAGAAGGAGGCCGCGUCCAAGGCGCUGCGCUGCCCCUGCUCGACCCACACAUGGAAGGAGGACUGCUUCCGCGGCGGCCAGCCUUCCACGUGCUGCGUCUGCCUCUCCUCGCUCGGCUCCGCUCAGGGCGCCGGCUCCAACGCUGAUGUCGUUCACCGCUGCUCCGUGUGCGGGGUGGCCGCUCACUGCUACUGCUCGCGCGGCGCCGACAGGGAUUGCAAGUGUGUCGCGCAGGCUGGCGCUUCCGCUCUGCUGCACCACUGGUCCGAGAGGUGGGUGGAGAUGGACGAUAACCCGCAGAUAUCCACCUUCUGUUACUACUGCGACGAGCCCUGUGGCGUGCCCUUCCUCGGCGUAUCUCCUAUAUGGCGCUGUCUUUGGUGCCAGAGGCAGAUCCAUGUCGAUUGUCAUGCCAAGCUAUUCAAGGAGACGGGGAACGCUUGCGAUCUUGGCUUCCUCAGGAGGCUUAUCGUACCACCUCUGUCGGUCAAGGAAGUUGGUCAAGCCCCACCGGCCAUCACGGGAGUCUUCAACUCAAUCAAACAAGGCCUUGUCACCUCCACGGUUAGGGGUCGGAUUAGAAGGCCACGCAACAAGAAACGCAUCAACAAUCAGCCUGGUGCCAAGACAAAUCCCGUUUCCACAGACACUUCAAUCCUUGACACGGUUCUUGAAGGAUUUGCUAGACUGCAGAACCUGAAUGGAGGAAAGUAUACGCUGCCAAACUCCAAGAAGCAAAUGCAUGGAUCUGACAUUCCUAAUGGAGAUGAAAAGAAGAAGUACGAGCUUGUAGAUUUGCCCCAAGAUUCAAGGCCACUGCUUGUUUUCAUCAACGGCAAGAGUGGGGGCCGAAACGGGCCUUCUCUUAGGAGAAGACUCAACAUGCUGCUCAAUCCCAUACAGAUAUUUGAGCUAAGUGCUUCUCAGGGACCUGAAGUUGGAUUGCAAAUGUUCCACAAUGUAAAACACUUCAGAAUUCUUGUUUGUGGUGGGGAUGGAACUGUAGCAUGGGUUCUUGAUGCCAUAGAAAAACAGAACUACGAAUCUCCUCCCCCUGUUGCCAUUCUUCCGUUAGGAACAGGAAAUGACCUAUCACGUGUUACACGCUGGGGUGGAGGUUUGUCUUCUGUUGAAGGACAAGGGGGCAUAUGUGCGCUUCUGAAUGACGUUGAUCACGCAGCCGUUACAGUGCUCGAUCGCUGGAAUGUAGCCAUCAAAGAGAAGAACGGAGCCGAAGGUCAAUGCACCAAGCAAGUAAAAUUUAUGACAAAUUAUCUAGGUAUUGGAUGCGAUGCCAAGGUUGCAUAUGACUUCCACACUAGUAGGGAAGAGAAGCCAGAUAAAUUUAGCAGUCAGUUUGUGAACAAACUGAUAUAUGCUAGAGAAGGCGCUAAGGAUAUGAUGGAUAGGUCAUGUUCUGAUUUACCAUGGCAUGUUAGCCUUGAAGUUGAUGGAAAGGAUAUUGAAAUUCCCGAGGAUACAGAAGGUGUGAUUGUUCUGAAUAUCGCUAGCUACAUGGGUGGUGUUGAUCUUUGGCAAAACGACAAUGAUCAUGAUGAUGAUUUCAGUUCACAAUCAAUGCAUGACAAAAUGCUUGAGGUGGUAUGUAUAUCUGGGACAUGGCAUCUAGGCAAACUGCAGGUAGGACUGUCAAGAGCACAUCGGCUAGCCCAAGGGAAAGUUAUAAGAUUUCACCUGCACAGUUCAUUCCCUGUUCAGGUUGAUGGUGAACCAUGGAUCCAGCCACCUGGGUGCCUUGAGAUAUCGCAUCGUGGACAGAUGUUCAUGUUGAGGAGGACAUCUGAAGAGCCCACGGGGCAUGCUGCGGCAAUCAUGAGUGAUGUUCUCGUGAACGCAGAGUGCAAUGGUGUCAUUGACGCCGCUCAGAAGAGAUUGCUCCUCCACGAGAUAGCCCUCCGUUUGUCCUCCUGACACUCCCCUCCCCUCAGAAACCUAACACCAUAUGUUCUGUUGAUACCAAACCUUUUUUGUGUUGAAAAGUCCCUUCGCACAGAUGAGAAAGGCAUACGGUAGAUG